UGAAUGGCGGAUGGACACACUGAAUGCGAGCUUCCCUGGUCCUCCUUCCUCCGCGACGAAGAGCCACUUCCCAGCGGCCGACGGCGUGAGCGAAGCACUAGCCCAGCAGCACGCGCGGGGCGACGGUUGGGCCGCGCUGUGAUGCCCGGUGGAAGUCUGGUUCUUUUUUUUCCUUCAUGGUGGACUUCUUUUUCUCCCCCGGACAGUGAAGUGAAUGACCCGGUGGUGCUGGGCACAGCAUUAUGGCUCAGACGCUACAGAUGGCGAUCCCCAACUUUGGCAACAACGUCCUGGAGUGUCUGAAUGAGCAGCGUCUGCAGGGCCUCUACUGUGACGUCUCUGUGGUGGUCAAGGGACACGCCUUUAAGGCGCAUCGCGCUGUGCUGGCCGCCAGCUCCUCGUACUUCCGGGACCUGUUCAAUGCCGGGGGGAAGAGCUCCGUGGUGGAGCUGCCGCCCGCCGUGCAGCCGCAGAGCUUCCAGCAGAUUCUGGCCUUCUGCUACACGGGCCGCCUCAGCAUGAAUGUGGGCGACCAGUUCCUGCUCAUGUACACGGCCGGCUUCCUCCAGAUCCAACAGAUCAUGGAGAAGGGCACAGAGUUUUUCCUCAAGGUCUCGUCCCCGAGCUGUGACUCACAGGGUCUCCACACAGAGGAGACCGAGCCUCAGAGUCCGGUCACGCCGACGGUGGGAGGGGCCAGCGGCACCUUGGCUUCCACCAGACCCGCCUCUUGUUUGACGCCCCUCCCUCUCAUGUCCAAGGUGAAGACGGAACAGACGGCCACCACACCUCAGCCUCAACAGACGGAGGGAUUCCCCUACUCAGUGGUCUGCGUCCCGGUGGCCAAGCGACUGUGGGAGGGGGGCAAUCGUGACGGGGGAGGCACUUCUGGAGCGGGGGCCGGCCAGAGGAAGGCUCCUCGCUACUCUUCUUCGUCCUCGUUCUCCACCAACGCUACCCAGGAGGCCUCUGGGCGGGGAGCUCCGCCUUCCAGCGCCCCCUCGAUGUUGGCCGGUGGCGGUGGAGUCGCCAGUAACCACAAUAACAACAACAACAACAGCAGCAGCACCAACAACACCAACAAUCAUAAUGGCGGGACCCCUGAAGGGACGAGUCCAGGCACGUUCAGCCUGUACACCAGCGACUCGCCCAUCAGUUACCACGACGACGAGGAAGAAGACGAGAUAGCAGACGAGAGCGCCGAAGAGCAGUACAGACAAAUCUGCAACAUAUACACCAUGUACAGCAUGCUUAAUGCCAACACCCCAGUGACCGGGGAGAAGGUGGAGGCUCUGCCAGACGCCCCCCCGGACUCGGGCGCCGGCCGCGGGGGCAGAGGCGGACGGGCCCGACAGGAGCUGGCGUCCCUGCCGUCCGAGCUCAUCAGCCAGAUCGGCAACCGCUGCCACCCGAAGCUCUACGAGGAGGGCGACCCCGCCGAGAAGCUGGAGCUGGUGAGCGGCACCUCCGUGUUCAUCUCACGCGCCCAGCUCAUGAACUGUCACGUCAGCGCCGGCACCCGCCACAAAGUUCUGCUGAGGCGACUGCUAGCCGCCUUCUUUGACAGGAGCACCCUGGCUAACAGUUGCGGGACCGGCAUUCGCUCGUCCACCAACGACCCGAGUCGCAAGCCGCUGGACAACCGAGUGCUGCACGCCGUCAAAUUUUACUGUCAGAACUUCGCGCCGAGCUUCAGGGAAAGCGAGAUGAAUGCCAUCGCCGCCGACAUGUGCACCAACGCCCGCCGCGUGGUCCGCAAGAGCUGGAUCCCCAAACUCAAACUCCUGAUGGCCGACAGCGACGCCUACUCCACCUUCCUGGCCGACAACGGCAAGGUGGAGGCCGACGGGACGGGCGCGGAGCAAGGCUUCGACCCGGCCUCCUUGGACGCCGCCAGCAGUACCGACGGGGCCGGCGGAGCGACGGCGGCGGACGCCCUCCAGGGGGCGGGAGGAGACGGCAGCACUUUGUUUUGAGUGAGUGAGCGGACCGACGUUUGGACGGACGGAGGUUCUCGCUGCCUCCGUCUGUUUCCUUUUUAUCUUCUCUCUGCUUUUACCUUACGUUUGCUCGCUUGCCUCAGUGUUACUCCUCCCCAGGAGGAGGUGGAGCCCCCCCUCUUUCGUCCUCCUGCAUGUCGUGUCGUUGAGCGUCCUCUCCCGCCAAAAUUAAAUCUGACAUUCCUGGGAGAGGCGUGGCCAAAUCACAUGUUGACAGUGUUGCUGUCACACUGAAUGUACGAUCAGGGGGAGGGAGGGUCAAACGAGGUCAGGUGAUCAAUCAUGUCGAUCAGCCCCCCCCCAAAAAAAACGUUUGUUUACUUUUCUUUUGCAACAACUUAAAUGUGUACUCUGCGGGAGUACAAACUUCCUGUCGUUUGAGAGCCAAUCAGCAAAGCAUAAAAAUGUCAAAAAAAUCUUCCUUAAAGAGCUGACUUGGGGUCAGAUGGAAAGGUCCCAACUUUUUUUGGGGGGGUGACGUUAGUUAUCCUUUAAAGAUCUUGGAUAUACCGUAUUUUCCGGACUAUAGAGCGCACCGGCUUGUAAGCCGCAUCCGGUAAAUUUGAGAAGAAAACAAAUAUUUUUCCAUGUAUAAGCGUUGUGAAAUGAGUUAUUUACAUGGAAAUGUUUAUUUACAUACCUUAAUUGUUUCCAAACGGUGUCUGUAAGACGGCAGUAAAACGGCCGAUCAAACAAAACAGAAGUCAUCGUCAUGGACCCACUAACUUUCCAAUCAGCUAAACUUCACAGUGACGUUUUGGUGAAUUAACCGAGGAGUUUGUGGAAUUGAAACAAUACAUAAAGAAUCGCAAGUUGAAGGUACUAACACACUUAGCAUUUUAGCUCAUGCUAACGACGCUAGCUCCAUUACACUAUGACAGCACGUACAAACAUGCAUGAAAACACUCCUACAGACAUCACACAUGGGACGGUUUAGUAAGUAAGAAUUGUUUUAGUUGUAUUGUAAAACUUACAAACGUUGCUUGUACGAGUAGAAAUGCUACGGACGACACUUGUGCUUACGGUUGAAAGCGCAGUCUGAAACUGAAGGGCUAUGCAGCAAGGCAGCACCCGUCAAAAAGAUGGCAUUUUAGCACAAACAAUAACACACGUUUUCAGUGUCUAUGCUUGUUUUUUUUAAAGCAAAGAAAAAUCCAUACAUUUGCUGCACCGUUGUACAAGCCGCAGGGUACAAAGCGUGGGAAAAAGCGGCUUGUAGUCUGGAAUUUAAGGUAAUCUUUGUUUUUUUUCCAAACGGUGUCUGUAAGACUGCAGUAAAACGGCCGAUCAAAACAAAACGGAAGUCAUCGUCAUGGACCCACUAGCUUUCCAAUCAGCUAAACUUCACGGUGACGUUUUGGCGAAUUAACCGAGGAGUUUGUGGAAUUGAAACGAUAACAAAAAGAACCGUAAAUUGAAAGUACGAACACAGACACGUUAGCAUUUUAGCCCAUGCUAACGACGCUAGCUCCAUUACAUUAUGACAGCACAUACAAACAUGCAUGAAAACAUUCCUACAGACAUCACACAUGGGACGGUUUAGUAAGUAAGAAUUGUUUUAGUUGUAUUGUAAAACUUACAAACGUUGCUUGUACGAGUAGAAAUGCUACGGACGACACUUGUGCUUACGGUUGAAAGCGCAGUCUGAAACUGAAGGGCUAUGCAGCAAGGCAGCACCCGUCCAAAAGAUGGCGCCUUAGCACAAACAAUAACACACAUUUUCAGUGUCUAUGCUUGUUUUUUUAAAACAAAGAAAAAUCCAUACAUUUGCUGCACCGUUGUAUAAACCGCAGGGUGCAAAGCAGCUUGUAGUCCGGAAUUUAAGGUAAUCUUUGUUUUUUUUCCAAACGGUGUCUGUAAGACGGCAGUAAAACGGCCGAUCAAAACAAAACGGAAGUCAUCGUCAUGGACCCGCUAGCUUUCCAAUCAGCUAAACUUCACGGUGACGUUUUGGCGAAUUAACCGAGGAGUUUGUGGAAUUGAAACGAUAACAAAAAGAACCGUAAAUUGAAGGUACUAACACAGACACGUUAGCAUUUUAGCCCAUGCUAACGACGCUAGCUCCAUUACAUUAUGACAGCACGUACAAACAUGCAUGAAAACACUCCUACAGACAUCACACAUGGGACGGUUUAGUAAGUAAGAAUUGUUUUAGUUGUAUUGUAAAACUUACAAACGUUGCUUGUACGAGUAGAAAUGCUACGGACGACACUUGUGCUUACGGUUGAAAGCGCAGUCUGAAACUGAAGGGCUAUGCAGCAAGGCAGCACCCGUCCAAAAGAUGGUGCCUUAGCACAAACAAUAACACACGUUUUCAGUGUCUAUGCUUGUUUUUUUUAAAGCAAAGAAAAAUCCAUACAUUUGCUGCACCGUUGUAUAAACCGCAGGGUGCAAAGCGUGGGAAAAAGCCGCUUGUAGUCCGGAAUUUAAGGUAAUCUUUGUUUUUUUUCCCAAACGGUGUCUGUAAGACUGCAGUAAAACGGCCGAUCAAAACAAAACGGAAGUCAUCGUCAUGGACCCACUAGCUUUCCAAUCAGCUAAACUUCACGGUGACGUUUUGGCGAAUUAACCGAGGAGUUUGUGGAAUUGAAACGAUAACAAAAAGAACCGUAAAUUGAAAGUACUAACACAGACACGUUAGCAUUUUAGCCCAUGCUAACGACGCUAGCUCCAUUACAUUAUGACAGCACGUACAAACAUGCAUGAAAACACUCCUACAGACAUCACACAUGGGACGGUUUAGUAAGUAAGAAUUGUUUUAGUUGUAUUGUAAAACUUACAAACGUUGCUUGUACGAGUAGAAAUGCUACGGACGACACUUGUGCUUACGGUUGAAAGCGCAGUCUGAAACUGAAGGGCUAUGCAGCAAGGCAGCACCCGUCCAAAAGAUGGCGCCUUAGCACAAACAAUAACACACGUUUUCAGUGUCUAUGCUUGUUUUUUUAAAGCAAAGAAAAAUCCAUACAUUUGCUGCACCGUUGUAUAAACCGCAGGGUGCAAAGCGUGGGAAAAAGCAGCUUGUAGUCCGGAAUUUAAGGUAAUCUUUGUUUUUUUUCCCAAACGGUGUCUGUAAGACUGCAGUAAAACGGCAGAUCAAACAAAACGGAAGUCAUCGUCAUGGACCCGCUAGCUUUCCAAUCAGCUAAACUUCACGUUGACGUUUUGGCGAAUUAACCGAGGAGUUUGUGAAAUUGAAACGAUAACAAAAAGAAUCGUGAGUUGAAGGUACUAACACAGACACUCGUAGACAUGUUAGCAUUUUAGCUAAGGCUAACGACAGCACGUACACACAUGCAUGGAAACACUCCUACAGACAUCCCACAUGGGACGGUUUAGUAAGCUUGGAGACUCCAUACGAGUAGAAAUGGUACGGACGACACUUGUGCUUACGGUUGAAAGCGCAGUCUGAAACUGAAGGGUUAUGCAGCAAGGCAGCACCCGUCCAAAAGAUGGCACAAACAAUAACACACAUUUUCAGUGUCUUUGCUUAUUGUUGUUUUUAAAGCAAAGAAAAAUCCAAAAAUUUGCUGCACCGUUGUAUUAGCCGCAGGGAGCAAAGCGUAGGAAAAAAGAGGCUCGUAGUCCGGAAUUUAGGGUAAUCCUUUAGAUUUCUAAAUCAAUGUUUGCAGCACAAAUUCAAUUAUAAACAAACAAAAAAAAAACAGGCAGCUUUUGUUCAAGGAGGCGUUUGGUUGUGAUUAGAAAUGUUUCUGACUCGCUAUUAUUACAAACUUUAAAACGUGACAAAACUUUAUAAAUAUUUGGACGGUUAACGUCCGAGCACCUUAUCGUCGGGGGUGGCUUCCCGGGUGUUGCUGUCUAGCGCGGGGACUGUUAAGCAUCUCUCGUGCGGUAAAACUGUCAAAGCGAGCCGAACAGUGGAAUCACGGAGUUGAACCCCCCACCGCUUAAGCUUUCAUGCGCCUGCCAAUCGAGACCAUGUUUUUUUAUUAUUAUUAAUCUAUAAGCCAGUGUUAUUUAAAAACAAUCUUUGAGGAAAGGUGUUUACAAUUGUUUUUAUAUAUUUAAAUGUGAUUUGAGAAAGGCUUUAAGGAACCUGAGCAGGAAGUUGUUCUGUGAACACAUGGUACAAUUCACUGUAAGUUUAUUUGGCCCUUUUUCACACAGAGAUCCCGAGUCAGCACGUUUCCAUGCUCUAAAUUAGUCCGAUUUCGCAAAUAAUUUGGCUGGAAAUGAGCUUUCUGCGACACAUAACAACACCAUUUGGCUUUAAAACACAUGAAAAUAUUAGCAACACCAUCAAACAGCAGUGCAACGUUGUAGUACCUACUAGCACAGGGGUGUCCGGAAUUUUUUUUUAAGGAUUCUGCGGCUUUUUUUUAUACAUUUCAAAGCCAAUACAAUUUUUUUUUUUUUAUGAAAAAAGUAUUUAUUAGAGAUGUCCGAUAUCGGCCUGCUGAUAUUAUCAGCCGGUAAAUGCUUUAAAAUGUAAUAUCGGAAAUUAUCGACAUCGUUUUUUUUUUUUUAUUAUCGAUAUCUUUUUUUUCUUAUUUUUUAAAAAUUAAAUCAACAUAAAAAACAAGAUACACUUACAAUCAGUGCACCAGCCCAAAAAACCUCCCUCCCCCAUUUACACUCAUUCACACAAAAGGGUUGUUUCUUUCUGUCAUUAAUAUUGUGGUUCCUACAUUAUAUAUCAAUAUAUAUCAAUACAGUCUGCAAGGGAUAAAGUCCGUAAGCACACAUGAUUGUGCGUGCUGCUGGUCCACUAAUAGUACUAACCUUUAACACUUAAUUUUACUCAUAUUCAUUAAUUACUAGUUUCUAUGUAACUGUUUUACUUUCUUUUUUAUUCAAGAAAAUGUUUUUAAUUUAUCUUAUUUUAUUGUAUUUUUUUUUUUUUUAAAAGGACCUUAUCUUCACCAUACCUGGUUGUCCAAAUUAGGCAUAAUAAUGUGUUAAUUCCACGAUUUUAUAUAUCGUAUCGGUUGAUAUCGGUAUCGGUAAUUAAGAGUUGGACAAUAUCGGAUAUCGGCAAAAAGCCAUUAUCGGACAUCCCUAGUUUUUAUGUCAGCUUUGUGUUUUUAUUACAGGUGCAAUAUUGGAUAUAAGUAUUGCAUCGAAAUGAGGAAAUAUGACGUAAGGCGGUGUUUUUCAACCACGGUGCCGCGGCACACUAGUGUACUGUGAGAUACAGUCUGGUGUGCCGUGGGAGAUGAUGUAAUUUCACCUAUUUGGGUUAAAAAUAUUUUUUGCAAACCAGUAAUUAUAGUCUGCAAAUGAUGUGUUGUUGUUGAGUGUCGGUGCUGUCUGGAGCUCGGCAGAGUAACCGUGUAAUACUCUUCCAUACCAGUAGGUGGCGGCAGGUAGCUAAUUGCUUUGUAGAUGUCGGGAACAGCGGGAGGCAGUGUGCAGGUAAAAAGAUGUCUAAUGCUUAAACCAAAAAUUAAAAAAAGGCGAGUGCCGCUAAGAAAAGGCAUUGAAGCUUAGGGAAGGCUAUGCGGAACGAAACUAAAACUGAACUGGCUACAAAGUAAACAAAAACAGAAUGCUGGACGACAGCAAAGACUUACUGCGGAGCAAAGACAAUGUACAUCCGAACAUGACAUGACAAUCAACAAUGUCCCCACAAAGAAGGAUUAAAAACAACUGAAAUAUUCUUGAUUGCUAAAACAAAGUAGAAGCGGGAAAUAUCGCUCAAAGGAAGACACGAAACUGCUACAGGAAAAUACCAACAAAACAGGAAAAGCCACCAAAAUAGGAGCGCAAGACAAGAACUAAAACACUACAGACAGGAAAACAGCAAUAAACUCCAAAUAAGUCAGGGCGUGAUGUGACAGGUGGUGACAGUACACCUACUUUGAGACAAGAGCUAUAUUUUUUUCCCCCGCACCGGACUAUAUGCCGCAGAUAUAUACUGCAUUUUUCGGGUAUAAAUCGCACCGGAGUAUAAGUCGCACCUGCUGAAAAUGCAUAGUAAAAAAGGAAAAAAACAUAUAUAAGUCGCCAGACUUAUAACUCGCUGGCCAAACUAUGAAAAAAACUGCGACUUAUAGUCCGAAAAAUACGGUACAUUGCAAAAUGAGUUAUUCACGCAGAAAGAGUCUGUACAUGUUUAUUUACAUACCUUAAUUGCUUCCAAAUGGUGUUUUGAACACUCAGACAUCACGAUGUAAGUAAGUACGUAUUGUUGUAGUUAUAUUGUAAAACGUUGCUUGGAGCGAUGAAUGACGAUCCAUAGGAGUAGAAACGCUAUGGACGGCUACAAGACUGAGCAGCACUUGUACUUUCGGUUUAAAAGCACUAAAUGGAAGGACAAUGUAGUGAGCAAACCCUUUCAAAAGAUGGCGCCGUGGCAAAAAACAAUAACACACCUAUUCGGUGUCUCUGCUUGGGUUUACUGAAAACUAUUGAAAACAAAACGUUUUGACCGUUAGUAAGGUGAAAAUCAUAUGUUAGCCGCACCGUUUUAUAAGCCGCGGCCGUAGCGGUUUAUAGUCCAAAAUUUUCAGUAGUAUUUUUAGCUGUAAGAUUUUUUUUUGCCGGCCACAAAUGGCACUCAAGACGCAUUUUGGACACCCCUGUACUAACUAGUGCACGAGAGGCACACGACGUAUUGCCAGCAUGGAAACUGUGACUUCACAUGUAUGUGUGAAAAUAGAAAAAAACUGAAUUGUUUGACAAAUCACACUAAUUUCGUUACAAUAUCCCCUCGCUCAUCCGCCCCGUGCCUUUCAUACAGAACCCCCACACGAGCGGAACAUUGCCGCACCCGUGUUUGUGUGUGUGUGCUUUUUUUAAACACGCCACAUCAGACAAUUAGAGGACGUCGGUACGAUCCGGUGUGACACGUUUAACCCUUUCACACGCGGGCCGCGUCACGGCGAUUGUGUUCCCCCCCGCGCCCGUGUCACUGCAGUUUUUUGGCAGAGAAAUUGGCAGCUUUGUGCGAAAUGGGCUUUGAAGGGGAUAUCGAUGGUACCUUCCAGAGUUUGCACAUUUGAAUGUUCUUUUAUUCGUCGUUUUAAACUCGCCAUGUCAUUAAGUAGGACUUAUUCGCCGUCGCAGACCAGGGCGGGGAGGACGAGGACGAGGACGGAGUGACCCAGUCUCCAAAAAAAAGAGAGGAGUGUUGGGGGAGGGGUGGUGUUUAUGCAUAUAUAUAAUGCAUAUGUAAUGAAUGCGUAUUAAGACUGGCUGCUUAUGUGGAGGCUUUGUGUGCUCUGGUGUGUGUGCAAGCGUGCAUAUUAAUGUGUGCUUCUUUUUCCUGUUUCCUCACAUCUCCUAUUAUGUCUCGUGUGUGUGUGUGUGUGUGUGUGUGUGUGUGUACAUGCCAGCCACAAUGCGUCUCAAUCUAUGUGCUGCGUACGUGCGUGUCUGCCUGCAUCAUGUACUGAUUGCGCAUGCUUGUCACUGCGUGUGUGUGUGCGUGUGUGUGUGUGUGUGUGUGUGUGUGUGUGUGUGUGUGUGAGAGAGAGAGAGAGAUCUGCUUUGGAUAGCAUCACACCUUUUCCUGACACACCCACACAAACACACACACACGUGUGUGUAAAAAGUAUGUUUAUUUCAUGCAAAUACUAGUAUAAGUUCAGGUGUUCAGGAGUGCUCUAAUUAAUUGAUUAAGGAUGGUUAAUUAAUUACAUUUUCCGGACUAUUGAACGCGCCAGUAUAUAAGCUACGCCCAGUAAAUAUUAGGGAAACAUUUUUAGAAAAAUGUCCAUAUAUUAGCCGCUGAUGCAUCCAUCCAUCCAUCCAUUUUCUUCCGCUUAUCCCAGGUUGGGUCGUGGGGGCAGCAGCCUAAGCAGGGAAGCCCAGACUUCCCUCUCCCCAGCCACUUCGUCCAGCUCCUCCCAAGGGAUCCCGAGGCGUUCCCAGGCCAGCCGGGAGACAUAGUCUUCCCAACGUGUCCUGGGUCUUCCCCGUGGCCUCCUGCCGGUCGGACGUGCCCGAAACACCUCCCUUCGGGUGGCAUCCUGACUAGAUGCCCGAACCACCUCAUGUGGCUCCUCUCCAUGUGGAGGAGCAGCGGCUUUACUCUGAGUUCCUCCCGGAUGACAGAGCUUCUCACCUGAUCUCUAAAGGGAGAGCCCCGCCACCCGGCGGAGGAAACUCAUUUCGGCCGCUUGUACCCGUGAUCUUGUCCUUUCGGUCAUAACCCAAAGCUCAUGACCAUAGGUGAGGAUGGGAACGUAGAUUGACCGGUAAAUUGAGAGCUUUGCCUUCCGGCUCAGCUCCUUCUUCACCACAACGGAUCGAUACAGCGUCCGCAUUACUGAAGACGCCGCACCGAUCUCACGAUCCACUCUUCCCACACUCGUGAACAAGACUCCAAGGUACUUGAACUCCUCCAUUUGGGGCAAGAUCUCCCCCCCAACUUGGAGAUGGCACUCCACCCUUUUCCAGGCGAGAACCACGGACUUGGACUUGGAGGUGCUGAUUCCCAUCCCAGUCGCUUCACACUCAGCUGCGAACCGAUCCAGUGAGAGCUGAAGAUCUUGGCCAGAUGAAGCCAUCAGGACCACAUCAUCUGCAAAAAGCAGAGACCUAAUCCUGCAGCCACCAAAACCGGAUCCCCUCAACGCCUUGACUGCGCCUAGAAAUUCUGUCCAUAAAAGUUCUGAACAGAAUCGGUGACAAAGGGCAGCCUUGGCGGAGUCCAACCCUCACUGGAAACCGCUGGUGCAUACGUUGUGAAAUGAGUUCUUUACAAAGAAGUGUUUUGUAAAUGUUGCUGAAUUGUUUCCAAACAGUGCCUUUAACGCGGCAGUAAAACGGCUGAUCAAACAAAACAGAAGUCAUCGUCAUGCAAGCAAGCUCUCCAUACAGCUAAACCAGGGGGGGGGGCCCAAACGUUUUGCCUCCAAGGGCCAAAGUGAAAAUGUGCCAAUGGUCCUCGGGCCAAACGGCGAUCUUUACCAUGCAACAGCACCCCGAGUGAGGAAUGCCUCCUACCGCCAUACAUGGAUAUAAGGUAGUAGACACCUUUUAACCUCAAACGUUCAAAAAUGUGAUUUUCGGGGGUUUGUUCCCUAACCAGCUCGUCCUAGAUAUUUCAUCCAAUGGCUUUCAAAGCUCACACAGAUGGAGGACGCUAAAUUCGGAAGCGUUUAGGUUUUCUUUAGAGUACAUGAGUGAAGGAUGGCGGUGUACACCCUGGACAAGUCGCCACCUCAUCCCAGGGCCAACACAGAUAGACAGACAACAUUCACACAGUAGGGCCAAUUUAGUGUUGCCAAUCAACCUAUCCCCAGGUGCAUGUCUUUGGAGGUGGGAGGAAGCCGGAGUACCCGGAGGGAACCCACGCAGUCACGGGGAGGACAUGCAAACUCCACACAGAAAGAUCCCGAGCCCAGGGAUCGAACCCAGGACCUUCGUAUUGUGAGGCAGACGCACUAACCCCUCCUCCACCGUGCUGCUCCAGUUUCCAUCUUAAAGAUCUAAAAAAAUUGACAGAUUGAAAAGCUUAAAGGGGAACAUUAUCACAAUUUCAGAAGGGUUAAAACCAUUAAAAAUCAGUUCCCAGUGGCUUAUUUUAUUUUUCGAAGUUUUUUUCAAAAUUUUACCCAUCACGCAAUAUCCCUAAAAAAAGCUUCAAAGUGCCUGAUUUUAACCAUCGUUAUAUACACCUGUCCAUUUUCCUGUGACGUCACAUAGUGAAGCCAACACAAACAAACAUGGCGGAAAGAACAGCAAGCUAUAGCGACAUUAGCUCGGAUUCAGACUCGGAUUUCAGCGGCUUAAGCGAUUCAACAGAUUACGCAUGUAUUGAAACGGAUGGUUGUAGUGUG